AUGUCGGGUUGGUGGGGAGCUGCUGUCAACCUCCCAGCGCGCCGUACCAGCGUGGAACUAACCUACACAAUGGCCACCACUUAUCACCGCACAGCGGGAAGCGGGACCGGUAGGGAGAGUGGCUAUCGGGGAAACGAACGAGCAAGCCCAGAUUAUGCUCACUUUAUGUUUCGCAACCUGGUGCCCCUUCCGAACAUUGAACAGGUGUUCCUGAAGCAAGCAAAGACGGCCCGCGGGAGCAAGGGCAAAGCCAUGGAGCCUGACUCCAACCCCAAAACCCCAAAGUCCCCAGCCGACGUAAUCCAAGACGUCGUGACGGCGCAGAGAGGCGGAAAGUGGUCUAUCAAAGGCACCGCGACCUUCUCAGGAGGUGCGAUCAAAAACGAGCAGCGGGCCAAAAGGCUCAACGCCGAGCUGGGCGUGCUGGCCCGCCGACAUGGAGGAGCUGCGCAAGAGCUCUUUGAAGAGGUAGAGCAGGAACUCGCCGCAUUCUACACUGAGGUUGAUCACGCCAAGGCCACCUACCGAAACAAUAAGGCUUUCUACUCGGAGCUUCCAGUGAUUAUGGACUCUGGGUUCUAG